UCCUUUACUGCUACAUAUCUACUGUAGGUAUGUCAAGUGUGUUUCUUUCCUAUUAAUUUUCGUGUAUUUUAAAGAAUUUGCACCAAAUAUCCACGCCAUAUGAGACGCAUUUUUUUCGAUAUGGGUAUAACAUUAAUUAUCCGUCCAUGUAACAUAGAUAUUAAUAGGAGAUGGUUCACUGAUUUCAACUUGAAGGAACCUUUAUUUCUUAUAUAUUUUGAUUUGACAGUGUGAAUAGCAGUUCUGUCCAGAUAAUUUGGGGAUUCCAUACUUCAAAUUAUUGUUUAUUUUCUACGGUUCCUUGGUGAUUAUUGUUGUAAGUGAUCCUUUCGUUCCUAUGUUGAUUUAACAGUGUGAAUAUCAUUUUUCUCCUGAUAGUUUGAAGAUUUUGUCAGUUUUGUGCAUAUAAUAUAGAGAUUCCUUACUUCGUAAUAUUGCUUAUUUUCUACAGCUUCUUGAUUAUUAUUGGUACAUGAUGUCUCCUAAGGGAAGAAAGCAUUGUCGAAGUUUACCUCCUGACGUCCUUAGCAACCUUCCUGAUACUGUAAUCGAUGUCAUUCUGAUGCAUUUGCCUUACAAAGAUGUUGUGAGGACAAGUGUCUUAUCGAAGAAAUGGAGGUAUAACUGGUGUAGACUUACAGAGUUGACGCUUGAUGGAUCUCUUUGGGAAACACAAAAGGAUCUACUAAACCCUACAACUAAAUUUACAAAGAUUAUCGACCAUCUUUUGACCCUUCAUGAAGGACCCAUUACUAAGUUUAAGCUCGACAUUCCUACCCUGGAAGGAUGUCCUAAGAUAGACAGCUUCAUAUAUUUCCUAUCUAGGACAAACAUUCAACAUCUUGUUCUUCACCUUCCACGGAGAAAGCUAUACAAAUUGCCUUCUUCACUUUUCAUAUGUUGGCAGCUGAGACAUCUAAAUCUUCAUAAUUGCCUAAUACAUUCUCCAUUGGCCUUUGACGGAUUUGAUAAGUUAGUCAGUCUGGAACUAUGUAGAGUCAUAAUUUCUUCUGAAUUGCUCGAAAGUUUAAUAUCUCAUAGCCCGUUGCUUGAGCAGUUGGUGCUGAAAAUAUCGGAAACUUCAAACAUAAUUGAAAUUAAUGCCCCAAUGCUGAGAUCCUUUGAUUUCACUGGCAAUAUAAGUUUUAUCUCUUUAAAGAAUGUCCCUCUUCUGUCAAAAGCAUCUCUGAUAAGUAAGAGUUCUUCUACGGAGGCAGAGAAUUUUGAUUAUGUGAAGUUUUUCGAGUCUUGUUCUGCUCUCGAGCACCUACUCUUGAACUUUGGUUAUAGCGAGGUAGAUGUUGCUUCAUGAUUUCAUUGUUUGCACUUCCACAAAUGGAACUUCUUUUGGGUUGAGUCAUGUUGAAUUUUGGUAGUAUUUUCCUAGUUAUUUGCAGAUGAAGCGCCAACAAGGCUUCCCAUUUAUCUUAACCUUGUCAAACGUUUUCACCUGCCUGAUAUUCUGCUGAAGGAAUCAUAUAAGCUCUCGUGUGCUCUCUGCUUGUUAAGAAGCUUCCCAUAUUUGGAAUAUCUCAAAAUUGAGGUUUUUAAUGUGUGGCCGGUAUUCCUCUUUCUUUAUUUCUUUCUUUGUUUACUUUUUGCUGGUUUUUCUUCAUGCUUCUUAGAUCCUCAAUAAUUUGAGAGUUGCUUCUUGUUAUCUUUUUAGGUUUACAAUGAAGAUAGUAUUCAAGAAUCCCUUGACUUCGAACAUUUCUCAAAUGUCACAUUUAAUCACCUCAGAAAAGUUACGCUAGUAAGGUUUGGAGGAACAACGCCUGAAAUGCAGCUUAUCAAGCUUUUGUUAGCCAAGGCCCCAGUGUUGGUGAAAAUGGUAAUCUAUCCAGUAUUUUAUCUUGACACAAGAUCAGAAACACUCGCUGAGCUAUCCAAAUUUCGGCAUGCAUCACCUACAGCAGAAAUAGACUAUCAUAUGGAAGUUAAAACGGAAUAGGUAGAAACAAAUGCCGAUGUAGUAGUAUAACAUUGUGUCUUGCCUUUCCGUAGUAAGAUAAAGAGACAAGUGAUUAUCUGUUUGGGAGCAUGAGCAUUUUUGGAUGGAUGUUUUGAUUAGUUUGUUCUGUAAUAACAUUGUCAUUACACGUUUAAGGAUUUUUUUACAUUUUAGUGCCUGCUCAUGAACGAUUUGUGGAAUUUACAUACACAAGAGUUGAUACUGUGGUGGUAUUUUUCAUUAUUAUUUUUUAAGG